AUGCUCAAGGCCGUCAGGUUCAACCUUUGGAGCCAGGCGGAGCUCAAGGCUUUCUGGUGCAACGUGUACCACUGCCUCCUCCUGCAUGGCCUACUCGUUCUCAACGCUCCCGACUCCGAGGAGAAGUUGGCAACCUUCCGCAGGCGUGCGAGCUAUGUCGUCGGUCUGAGACCUGUGAGCUUGGCGGACAUUGAGGCGGAGAUCUUCCAUAUGCCAAUGGAAAGCGCGGCUCCACCCGAGGUGGAGUCGGUGGGGCCGGCGGGAGGCUGCUGUAGCUUCCGUGGAAAAGUGGCAAGAGCUCCAACGAAGACCUCUGCGCUGGCCGACACUGCUAAGCAGGUCGACCAGACCCCUGCUGCUGCCCCCGUGGAGCUGUCCCAGAAAAGCCGAGUAGCAGUGGAGUGGAAUUCGUCUGCCCCGGCAACAGACCCUGUGAACGCUUGCAUGUACCUUGAUGCUGCGGAAACCUGGGAAGCGCCAAGCACGGAUCCAAGAGUCGAGCUCAUCUUGGCAGAGGGCACCGGCAGCUGUAGCAUUCCGGUCCUUCGUGCUGCCAGCCUGGAUCGUCAAUUGGACGAAGCUGCCAGCCUGUUCGUUCAGGCACAGGUCGAGACGCAGGCCAAUGGUGGCGUGCUCCGCGCCGUGACUUUGCCUGGAAAGUGCUGGGCCCUGAAACGCCACUUCAAGAACGAGAGGGAGCUCCUUUUGUUCCUCUGGAAGUACCAGCCUCCGACGGCGGCCUCUCUGCCGGACACACCGGUGCAGGUGAAGUACAGGGCACCAGGGAGGCCUUCCACCAGAACCAUGAUCUCGCGCGCUACUAUGGAUUCUGAGACGCCGAGGUCCCUGUCGAUCGCUGAAACAGGCGCCAGGGAUGCUCAUCUAAAUCUUUUAAGCAAGGGGUAUGGCUCAGCCAUUCCCGGGGACCAGCUGGAGACCCUGAAUAUCAUCUCCUUGUGA